AUGCUGCGGCGCGUGCGGCUGCGGUGGCUGAAGCUCCGCCACUCGCAGCUGUUCAAGCGGCUGAAGGAGUACUACCGGGGACUGGUGAAGGACAUCAUCGAGGCCGGCGCCACCAUCGAGGCUUACCAGCAGCGGCUCAUGAUGGAGACCAGCCUCGCCGUCCCCAUGGGCGUUUCCUUCUCCAGCUUCCCCUCCAUCGCCGCCGCGGCCGGCGGCGGCGGGAGCCGCCGUUUCUGA